AUGGCUUCAGUGGAUGUUGACUUGGGUGUAACCCCUGAUACUACCUACUCUAUUGCUGGAAAGCAAAUCAAAUUCGAUACAGGGGCUGACAUUGAACCCUACAUUAAAGAACUCAACGAAAUCAAGAAUGUUACCAAGAUUGAUUUCUCAGGAAACACCAUAGGAAUCGAAGCUUCCAAAGCCUUGAGUGAAGCUCUAUUGAAACACAAGGAUACAGUCGUGGAAGUCAACUUUUCAGAUUUGUACACCGGACGUUUAAACACGGAAAUCCCCCAGUCGUUGAAUUACCUUUUACCUGCAUUGUUGAAAUUCCCCAACUUGAAAUUGAUCAAUUUAAGUGAUAAUGCUUUUGGAUUGCAAACUAUUGAUCCUAUUGAAGACUACCUUGCAAAAACUGUAUCUUUGGAACAUUUAGUCUUGUCAAAUAAUGGUAUGGGCCCAUUUGCAGGAUCCAGAAUUGCAGGAUCGUUGUUCAAGUUGGCGAAAGCUCAAAUCGCCGCUAAAAAAACCUCGUCGUUGAAAACAUUCAUUUGUGGAAGAAACAGAUUGGAAAAUGGUUCAGUAAACUACUUGGCUGUCGGUUUAAGAAACCAUAAGGACUUGGAGGUGGUUAGGUUGUAUCAAAACGGUAUCAGACCAGCAGGUAUUUCCAAAUUGGUAGAAAAAGGGUUGAGUCAGAACAAGAAGUUGAAGGUGUUAGAUUUAGAAGAUAACACCAUUACUACUUCAGGUGCUAUCAAGUUGGCUGAAUCUAUAACCAACUGGCCAGAUUUGGUGGAGUUGAACUUGAAUGACGCUUUAUUGAAAAACAAAGGCUCAUUGGAAGUUGUUAGAGCAUUUGGCAAAAACAAAAAGGAGAAUUUGACUGUACUUAAAUUGCAAUCCAAUGAGUUGGAAACGGACAGUUUGGCAGUUUUGGCUGACUUGAUUGGCGAGUAUUUGCCUAAUUUGAGGCUCCUAGAGUUGAAUGGAAACAGGUUUGAGGAAGAUUCAGAACAUAUCGAAAGUAUCAAGGAAGUAUUUGAAAAGAGAGGGUUUGGAGAAAUUGAUGAAUUGGAUGAGUUGGAGGAAUUAGACAGUGAUGAAGAGGACGACGAAAAUGAGGAUGAAGGAGAAGACUCCUUGGAGGUGGAUCUCGAUUUGGAAGAGUUGGAGAAAGAGCUCGCUGGUGUUAACCUCGAGGACAAAGACGCAACUGUAGAUGAUAUUGCUGAUGAGUUGUCCAAAGCUCAUAUUAAGUAG